CUGAAGCUAUUGACAGUUCCUUGUAUUAGCAAACUAAAGUAUCCUUUUCUAUUGAUGUAUGAGUCUUGAUCAUUUUUUGGCCUCCGAAUUCUCACAUGACAUCCAUCAAUUGCUCCAAUUACAUUUUGACUGCCAAAUUUGGUGGCGAAAGCUUUAGAUAUAACUUCUGUUUCCUCCUGCGUUGGCCACUUAAUGUACUCAGUACGUAGAGACAGUAUACAAUUUAAUACCCUUUCAAUUACACGGUGAGCAGAGCUCAGUGACACAUCAAAACGAUCAGAAACCUGCCUAAAUGAUUCCGUGUUUCCAAGGUACCAUAAUGUCAUAAGCAUGGCCUUUUCACUUGAUAUUUUCAUUUUUCCGUGUUCAUGAACAGGGAUGAAACCACUGUUUUCCAGUCUACUAGCUAACUGGUACACUAUUAAUUUGUGCAUUCGAAAAUGCGAUUUAAAUGUUGUUUCACUAUAAUUUACAACUACUCUUUCAAUAUAUCCUUCAAUUCGUACAAUUCUAGCAUAUUCCUCAACCUCAGAAUCAGUACUACUUUCACUACUGCUCCCACUAGUUUCUGGACCUUCCAAUAGAUUAAUAAUGACUGGUAAUAAAUCCAUAAUUAACUACAAAACCAAUUUUUAGGUUAGGUGUUUUUUGGUAAACAAAAUGAGUGUUCCAUUCAACUUCAGAAUAGAGUAGUUGGGAGUGGUUCACUUAAAAUCUUAGAUCAUUUGAAAGGAAAGCGGCUAAUGUUGGGUUGUUACGGUACACGCUGUAUAUUAUGUAUAGAUCGGGUUUUCCGUAAGUUAUCUCUCCGUUCCCACUUACAAAUUUUCGGCGCUCACAUACACCGCGCCAAAAUUGGGCUUUUCCUCUUUCGUUGUCAACCAGCGGCACGAGUGCUAUUGCUCGCUCGAUCAUACAUUUUUCAAUCUAUAAAGACGUGAGCCUUCACAAGGUUUUUCCUUUUGUGUUAUUGCUGCAUUUGGAAUUCCAAUUACGUCUCCGAGGCCAAUAAUCUUCGACGCCAAGGGUAGUAACCAGUGGUGGACACAAUAACACCCCGUUCCCGCGAUGGCCACGCGAGGAAGAGCGGCCACCCCUUAGUGACCACCGUCGUCGCGCAUGAUGGUCACCUUCUAAGUUCUAAUAAAGCACGCCAAAGACAUCACGACACCCAGCUUAACAUCAUACAGUCGUAUUGGCCGGAUUACGUAAUUAUAUAGACACCUAGAAUCAUAGUUAACAAAAAGUAGCUCACUUGUACGCCUUAGUUGUUUAUUAUUGUUAAUCUUAUAAUUAAAUAUUAUUAAAUUUAACUACAUGUUAUGGCCAGUGAGUAACAUUGCUCGUCGUUGAUCCACGGCAUUUGGCCGACCCCUUUUUUUUAUUUUCUUUAAAGCGAGGCCACUGGGCACUCGCUACAAAUGGUAGCAGAGCGUAACGUAAAUUUUAUUGUUGUAAUCUUUAUCAAAAUUGUUGGUGUAUUGUGAGCUACGAUUAUUUUUAUGUGUUGUUUAUGCAAUAACCUUGUGAUAAUUUAUCGAUUUUAUUUGUCGCGCUUGUACCGAUCGAUCAUAUUUAUGCAGCAUGUGCGGUUGAUAGUCAAUUAGAUAUUUUACUCGUAUAGGUAUUUUCCGCGUUUUAAGGUUUCUUUCAUACUGACAGUUAUUAUUUUACAUAACUUCUUUGAUGCCACCUCCUAUUACGCGUAGCACCGCAAAAGGUGUCACCUCAGUUUCGAAAUUUUCCACACCUGCGGUAGCCAACCCUAAACAACUGUUACAAUUCCCAAAAGGUAGUCGGGUUGCUAGCAUGACUGAGCAGGAACUCCUAACUGCCUUUCAACGCCUUAAAGAGGUUCCAGAUGAGUCUCCGCAGGCAAGUACUGCCAGUACUGUCAAUUCUUCGGUACAUUCGCAACGUGUACUCACCGCCCCUACUUUGAAAACGAAAUCUAAGAAAUUACUAUCUCCUAAACCUAAACCAACUUUGCCUAAUUCAUCAUUAAUUGUAAAUUCACUUGCACAAGAUAUUCAAACUACCAAUCAAAACUGCUCCGAAAUUUUGAAAGUCGCAAUUGAGGCAGCAGACAAUAUCACCUCGUACCAUAAGAUUAAGUUCAAAGUUGACUCGAAUAAAUUAAUAUCGAAUGUUCCUACAUGUAGCCAUAACAAUCCCCAGGCUAUUGUGCUUUUUAUCGAGGCAGUAGACAAGAUUUUCAAGCUCCCAAACGUCGAUAGUUUAAGUCUUCUGAUCGCGUUAUCGAUUAAAGUGGACGAUCACAUUACAGAAUGGUGGUCUACUAUGAUGAGUAAACCGUGGACUGAGGUGAGGGGAGCUCUUUUCUCUAAAUACAUAAAUAAUUCAGAUAUAAUCCUAAUGUGCGAUAAAUUUAUUAACCGUUUGCAAAGGGAGGACGAGUCAUUUGAAUCCUUCGUUUUGGAUAUUAAGUCAAAAUUUUGUGCAUUAAACCUUACGUAUCCCGAAUCGCACCUAAUUUCAAUAAUUUGGGCACAUUGUAGCAAAAAAACCUUUGAUGUAAUCAAACAUUUUUACGAACCUUCCACGUUUAGUGAAUUGGAUACAAUAAUUUACAAAAUUGAAUCAAUCGCCAGGAGAGAGGAAAAUUUUAAGCACCCUAAUUCUUUUGAUAUCGUACCCACCAUUAGUCCUCCUGUAAACUUUCAAUCUCGACCACCGCCGCCGGAGCAAAAGCGUGCACAAUUUUGUAGAUACUGUCGGAAUUACGGUCAUUUAUUAAAUGAAUGUCGCAAACUCAGUAAUAAAAAUGAUAGCUAUCCAAAAAACUAGUUUGCCUUUUUAGCCUCA